CUGUUGCUACCUAACAGUGAGCUCACAGAGUGCUUGGGAGGGGAAAGAACAGUGUGUGUGUUGUGACUACAAAGAAUCGGAAGCUAUUUGUUGCUUUUAGCUGCAUAACGUGGUUAUCUGUGUUUUGUAUAUAGACAACAUACAACUCUUUCACCUCAAGGGCAGUGCAGGUGACAAGAAGACAAGCAGUGAGAUUAGAAGAAAGAAGGUUUUACUGUCAACAUACAGGGUGCAGCAUAUACAUUGGAAUGUGUUAUGGCAACAAAUCUCUUAUAUAAAACCAGCAGUUUACCUUCAGUUUUGGACCAUUAUAAACUGCCACAUAUGAAGAACAAGAAUAAAGAGCUACAGAAGAAGGAAACCAAAGAAAGAAAACCAAGACGUGCUAGAAAAACAUUUGUUUAUGAUGAAGAUGACGAAGAAAAGACUAAAAAGGAAGUUUUAGAAAAGCGCCAUCUAGAGACCUACGAAGGAUUGUACAGGUUAAGAAACAGUUUGUCCUUGAAGUACUUCAACCUGCUGAGAAAAAAAGUUCAGAAACAGCACAGUGAAAUGCAGAAAUGUAAUCAAGUACCUAUAAAACAGCAGAAUAUGGGUUACUUAAAAAAAGGUAUCCCAGUACUCCGGAUCCCUUACUGCAAACUCUCUAGUGAUGAUCAGUAUCUGGAAAACAUCUCCAAAUCCAAGAAUUAUUUGAUCAUAAACCUGGAAAAUGAAUUGGCAAAAGCUGGAAUCCUCAAAAGCAAAAGGGAUCACGAACAUUUCCAUCAACUGAUACAUCCUAGCAUGGACAAUUUGAAAGAGGCACUCCAGGAUAUCAAAUCAAAAGUGACCUCAACAAAGUCGUUUGCUUCAUUUCAUAUAAGAAAGCCAAGCAUUGCGCUGGAAACAAGAACCAAAGGACAAACAAUAAAAGUAAGUAUUUUAUGGAGCUAUUUCCAGGAAAGGAACAUAACUGGCAGUGCCAGGUGAGUUCCUGUCUUUUAAAACUCAGGAUAUUUCAUUUAAAAAUGAAUGACAUUAUCCUUAUGUCAAAAUAUGCUGAUUUAAUUGAGACUAUUCAACACAUUUCAGACUAUCAAAUAUUUUUAGAAGUGUUGUUUUUGAUUAUUAAAGCUUCAUUUCAGAUUUGCCAUAAUGGCUGCAUUUCUUUCUGCGCUCCUCUACAGUGGAACACAGGAGAAUGCUACAACAGGCAGAAAAAAAAUGCUCAUUGGUACCAACCAUUAAGGGCACAUUUAACAAAACUUGCUAAAUCUUGAUUCUUUUUGGAACAUCUCACAAAUAAAAAAUGUCACAGAAUGAUUCUUACCUGUCUUUUUCAUUUUUGAGUA